ACCACCACCAAAUCGACCAUCGCCGACUCCUCCGGCGAGAUGCCGCUCCCGCUCCGCCGCCUCUCCAGCCCCCUCCGCCGCUCCCUCUCCACCGCCGCCUCGCGCCCCGCCUGGGCGAUGGUCUACCGGAUCUCGACGGCGGAGGAGUCGGCGCGGGGCGCGUCCCUCUCGCUCGCCCCGCCCCCGCUCCCCUCCCGCGUCACCGUCCCCAAGCGGGCCUUCGCUCUGGACCCCCUCCCGGCCGCCGACCGCCGCUUCAUCAACGUCUUCGGCAGCAGCGUCCUCGCCGCGAGCGGCCACGGCCUCCUCCUGCUCGGCGCCUACAAGAACCGCGCCAACGCCUUCGAAAUGUUCGAAGACCGGCCCCCGUCCGCCGUCCCGUUCGAGGUCCUCGACCAGGUGUACGAGCGCUGGUGCUGCUCCGACCCGAUGAGGCUCGCCCGCUUCGUCUGCAACCCCGUCACCGGCGAGAUGGCGCGCCUCCCGGACUUCGACGGCACGGAGGACGCCUUCGCCGCGUCCACGGGCCUCCUCACCCACGCCGACGGCGGGCACGGGCCGCCCAAGAGGUACGCCGCCGCGCAGCUCAGCGUGGUCGACCGCGGACGCCGAUUCCUGCUGCGCCGGCUCACUUCAGAGACAGGAAAGUGGGACGAGCUGCUGCUGCCGUCCCCGCUGCCGCCUGGGCGCCGGAUGCACAUGAACCACGAGGUACUGGACUUCGGGGGCCGGCUCUGGUGGGUGGACGUGAGCUGGGGCGCCGUCAGCGUCGACCCGUUCAGCGACCGGCCUGAGCUCUGCCCCGUCGAGCUGCCAGGAGGCAGCGUGCUUCCUAACCAACAGAGCGCUAUAGAGAUGUGGCAGCUCCUCCUGCACAGGCGCAUGGGGGUCAGCGGCGGCAGGCUGCGGUUUGUGGAGGUUUCUGAGGAGGAGCCCUUCCGCAUCAAGUCGUUCACGCUGGACGGCGAGAGUGGCCGUUGGACGCUGGAGCAUCAGGUGUCGUGGAGAACUCUCUAUUCCGAUGCCAAGGCGACGCCUUUGAUUGCUGCCAUUGAUCCACUCGACCCCGACUCGCUGUAUUUCACCGUGCUUGUGGGCAAGGCAUCAUGUUUAAGCGUGGAUCUCUCUGUGCCUGUCGGCAAAGCAUUAUGUUUAGGCGUGGACAUGCGCUCGAAGAGACCGACUGAGUCUAUGGCAUUAGGUGGUGGCGGCGUUCAUCCAAGCAAGUGCAACUCAAGCUUCGUUCUGCCAUGUGUGCUCCCCUCAUUUCUCGGAUCAAGCUCCAUUCCAGGCAAGAACGGCCUCAUGAAAAACAAGACUCUGGCAGAUAUUCUGGUUCGUUCAGACAAACAGCCGAAUGCCUGAACGGUACCGAUUUACCACCUAACGAAUCUCUGGGUACUUUCUCUUAGCUAAUGGUCAUUUGUGAAUGCAUUUUUGGCUAUAUAUCAUCCCUUCACAUGUCUAUGAUGCUGUAUUGUUCUUUUAUAUAUUCGUUACUCAAUCCAUGCAUUUUA